UCAAUCUAACAAGUCGUGGAGUUUUUUGGACGUGUCGAGAACUCUCCUACGUCUGAGGUACGCUUUUCAACACGCAUGGCGUAAGCAAUGGCUGCCGGUCCGAUUGCAGAAAGAAAUCAGGAUGCGACGGUGUACGUCGGUGGCCUGGAUGAAAAAGUCCUGGAGGCCAUUCUGUGGGAAUUGUUCCUCCAGGCUGGCCCUGUUGUGAAUGUACACAUGCCCAAGGACCGUGUGACCCAGAGUCAUCAAGGCUAUGGAUUUGUUGAGUUUAUGGGAGAGGAUGACGCGGACUAUGCCAUAAAGAUAAUGAACAUGAUAAAACUGUAUGGUAAACCUAUACGUGUCAACAAGGCCUCUGCUCAUCAGAAGAAUCUUGAUGUAGGUGCUAAUAUCUUCAUUGGAAACUUGGACCCGGAGGUGGACGAGAAGUUACUGUAUGACACGUUCAGUGCAUUUGGUGUUAUACUACAAACACCAAAGAUAAUGCGAGAUCCUGACACAGGAAAUUCCAAAGGUUACGCCUUCAUCAACUUUGCAUCGUUUGAGGCGUCGGAUGCUGCUAUAGAAGCUAUGAAUGGUCAAUACUUGUGUAACAGGGCAAUAUCUAUAUCAUAUGCCUUUAAAAAGGAUGCUAAAGGUGAAAGACAUGGAUCAGUGGCAGAGCGUCUCCUAGCACAACAGAACCCACUGUCAUUAACAGACCGACCACAUCAACUGUUUGCUGAUGCUCCACCCCCUCCACAACAACCGCCAGCUCCUUCACAACCCUCUUCUAUAGCCCCGCCCCCUCCUCCGCCUUCACCAAUGGGACUCAACACAGGCCAAAACCAAGGUAUGGGAUCUGUUGGCAUGAUGCCGCCGCCAGUGCCACCACCAAACUCCAGUCAGCAGCAGAUGCCAAUGCCACCACCCCCAAUGCCACCCAUGGGGAUGCCACCCUUCCCUCCCCCAGGAAUGCCACCACCACCAGGUGUAAUGAACCCGUACGGUCAGGGACAGCCACCCCCUCCAACCUCUCAAAACCAAACCGGCCAAUCACAGAACAGCUCAGGGGGUCAACCUCCACGUAUGCCGCCUGGCAUGCCACCACCCCCGGGGAUGCAACACAUGGGAAUGCCACCUCACCCUGGGAUGAGACCUCCACCCCCGGGCUGGAGAGGUCCCCCACCCAGAGGACCAGGCGGACCACCAUUUGGACGACCCCCACAUCCAGGAAUGAGAGGCCCACCCCCAAGUGGACCCCGUGGUCCAAUGAGAGGUCCCCCACCCAGGGGCCCCCGACCUCCUUUCCAGGGGCGACCCCCACCGCCCCCGAUGUACUGAAGUGUGAAUCUCUGUUGUUCAGAGGAGUGUGACAGUUAAAAUGCCUCGGGGGAGAAUCUCGGGCUGACAAGGAUCACGUGACCUGAUAAAGAUUUCCGGAUGGAUUUGAUUGUCUAUUUAACUUCUAAUGUACAGUAAGAUGAAAUCAGUCCAAACAAACAGUUCCCAUCAGGAAACUCAAACCAGUUGAUGAGAAAGUGUCUCUCGUCUGUUUUGGUGUAACUGCUCUCUUGUUCAAAUAUUGUCAUUAGUUGUGCGUUAAAUACUGACAAUGAAGCAAAACGUUGAUGGAAUUGUUGCCAAUCAACUUUUCUCUGGACUUUUAAAAAAAAAAAAGAUUAAUAUUAAUCACAGAAAAACUAAGCUAAACCCCCUUUUCUGAGAGGUGGCAGGUUUAUGAAAAAUUCAGUUUUUUUUUUUUUUUUUUUUUAGCGAGAGAGGUUGGGUAAGGGUUAGGCAAGGCUUAUGGAAAUAUUAAGCAAAUCUUUCUUGGAGAGAUGAAUUUAGGGAUAUGUCAGUGUUAUAAAAAAUGCAGCAUAUUUGUUUUUGAGAGAGAGAUUAGGAUAACAACCCUUUUAUUAACCUUUCAGUUUCAGUAGUUAGCAUUGGCCCUAAAUCAGUUUAUCUGGAAGUACAAAAUAUAAUAUGAUGUUACCCACAUAAUCCAUGAAAACAUCUGUCCCACAAAAAUUAUCCUGUAUACUGUUACUCAUUUCAUUUCAUCCAUUUAAUUAUCAGAAGACUUGCUGUUGUUCACUUUAGUAAGUUCUCUACUAGUACUCAUGUCCAUAGCCAAACAAGUUGGUAGCUGACAGGAAAUUUCAUCAACUUCUUUUAUUCCAUCCAGAUGUUUUGGUGGAAAGCUUGACUCUUUAAAAUAAAAAUAAAAACAUCCCACAGAUCGAAUUGUCUCAAAAAUCGAGCCACUAAAUUUGUAGGACGUGAAGGGUUGCUGAAGCUGAACCACAGGUUGCAAUGAAGAAAAUGUGUUCCAAAGAUUUAGUAAUGGAAUUUGUUGCUAUCUAUUCCAACUAUACAUGUUUAUAUAUUUUGUGUCAUGAGAGGAAUGUCAUGUUUUAUAUUAUGUCAUGAGGAGACUCUGUUAUGUCAUCUCAUAAUGAUACAUGGAUGUAUGUAGUUAUUUUAUUAUGUGAAAUAAACGUCUCGAAGACAGUU